CUUACAUGAUCCUCCCUGGCUGUCGGCUGUCAUUCUUUGACUCUGCGGGUCAGCUUGUCAAUGGCAUGCAAAUACUGUGCUGGUGCUGCUAUGCCGGCCCACGGACAGCACGGUAUAAGGCAUGCAACCAACCUGGCCACUGAUCCUCUCCGUCUGCACAUUCGCCUUGUUGACACUUUGACCUAUACCCAUAGCCUAGAGGGAUAUUUACCAUGUUAGCACCAACAUAUACCAGCUCAUUACUCUUUGCGCUUUCAGCUACAGCUGUUCGGGCAAAAAGCCGUGUGUGUUCCGCUUCUGACUGUGUCGACGGCUCUUCCACAUCACCCUUACUUGCCUUCGACUCAUCUUCCUUAACAUACCUUCUUCCCGGCACCUACUCCUCAACAUCCUACUCACCAACAUCACCUCUCAAUGCCUCAAUCUCCACCUCUUCAUCAUCGCUUACCAUCUCUACGCCCGAUAGUCCCGUUGGUUUUACUUCGUAUUCCUAUUCAGGAUCAGGAAACGUAUGGACAGAUAAUGACUGGGGCAUGGGCAACUGGAAGAGUAUCUAUUUACCAGAUGGGUGGUAUGCUGUGUUGGGACAAGGCAAGGUCCUUUGGGGAGCUAUACCCGAAAAGAGUUUGUUGCCUAUGAGUAUUUCUUCAAUGGGUAUUAGUUAUGCGGGCAGCUCCGCUUGCAGUCCCGCUUGUUCAUCUCGUGGAACAUGCACAACUACCAAUGCUUCUGCAACGUGUAGAUGUGACGAAGGUUGGGCAGGCUCGACCUGUGACUCUUGUGCCACAGGAUACUACGGCACCUCAUGUACUGCUGGCCCUUCCAACUGUACCAUCUGGGAUGAUGGCUACACUGGCACCGGUAAAUGUAUUGGCACUGCCACCUCUGCUUCAGAUGUCUGUGGAUGCGACCAUGGAACAUGUACUUCUUCCACAGAGUGUGCUUGUGCAGCUGGAUGGACGACCAACUCUACCGCAUCUCCAUCCCUGUGCAACACUUGCGCUCAAGGGUUCUUUCAAGAUGUUUCCGGUAACUGUCUUGCUUGCCCUUUAGGAUGCAAGACAUGCGAAUUGCAAGCAGACACAAAAUCUACCGCCACCUGCACAUCAUGCUCUUUAACGCUUACAUUAUCGACAGCCAACCCUGACACUUGUGUGUCAUCAACUGGAACCUGUUCCUCCGGAUUGUAUUACGAUUCUAGUACAUCUUCCUGUGAGAGCUGCUCUCCAGCCUGCUCUACUUGUACAGGCCCUGGCGCAUCCGACUGUCUUUCUUGUGCCUCUCCUCGUGUAAAUCUUCAGGGUUCUUGUGUGGGCUACGACUCGACAACGGGAAAAUGCGAUUCUUCUUUGUCAGGUCUGGACGGUGUAUUCGUAGUCAACAAUCAGAAAUCUGAAUGUGAUUCCUGUCCUGUAGGGUGUUUGAAUUGCUAUAUCCCGAGUUUUUCAAGCGCUGCGAGCUUUGAUUCCCUCAUUUGCCAAGCGUGUCAGGAAGGAUAUUUGCUCGAAAAUGGGCAGUGUGUAAAGCAGUGCAGUGGUGGGUGGUUCUUAUCAGAAGGAUCUGCCACGACCAACGGGACAUGUCAGCAGUGCGACUCCUCAUGCUCUACCUGUAUAAGCACUUCAACCACUUGUCUAUCUUGCAGUUCCUCUUCUAUGUCCGCCCAUUCUGGAUCUUGCAUCCCCUCCACAUCAUGUCCCAGUUCCACCGUGUCUAUCAACGGCACUUGCGUUACCUGCCCACUGGAUUGCGCGACAUGCUCAACUGCAUCCACCUGUUCUACCUGCCCUUCCGACCGACCUAUCCUGAAAAACGGUCGCUGUAUAGCGUAUUGCGCAACGGAUACCUAUUACGACACUAGUACUGGUACUUGUCAGGCUUGUGACUGGACAUGUAAGAACUGUGUAGGAGAGGGCAGCGCGAUGUGCAGUUCAUGCUCGGAUGGAUACAUGCUAAAAGACGGGGUAUGUGUGGAUGCGCUUUGUGGAGAUGCAGGUUUCGCCAACGGGUUCGGCAUGUGCUUCUCCUCCUUUGUGCAUAAAUCUCAGAAGAGAUACUUGGGUUUACUUGCUCUGGUCGGUGUGGCGAUCAUAGCUGGGAUUGCUUCCUGGUGGUAUGUCAGGCGGGAGAGAAGGAAGACCCGGCAGGCCACAAAAGAAUUUGGUAAAAGGUUGGACGAACGGAAUGUCAAUGAUCGCUUGUCGGCACUUCGGUUAGAGAAAGUAUUCGGUUUCAACCGAGUUACUUUCGGUCGAGGAGGCGAUCGCUCUGCGCGGACGACACAAGAGGACGGUGGCAAGAAGAACAAGCUUCGCGAACUUUUACUACCUAGCAAACGAAGAUCGGGAAAUGAGGAAAUGGAAAUGAAGAAGAGCAAUUUUGCGCCUGACAAGGAGAGGGAUUGCUACGAUAGCUGGAGAACAUCUAAUUUUGGCAAGGAUAACUGGGUCGCUCCCCCCCCUUACGUACCCUCUCAAGGUGUACCAACCCCUGUUGACGUCAAGCACACGUUUAACAAACGAGACUCUCUCGAUUCCAUCCCUACUCCUUCCCAUCAGACUUUUGCUCCCUCUUCCUCUACAUCUUCCUUCACGAUAACCAGACCUGCAACACCUCCUCGCAAACUGCAAAAUCCUUACCUCGGUUCUACAAUCAUCCACUCCAUGUCCACCCCUUCGCCUCCACCGCACUCACGCUCCCUUAUGCCUCCUCCGAGACCGGGUAUGGGCCGUCGAGAGUCGGGAAAUAGCUUUUCAAGUGGGUCGUUGUGGACACCGAUGACAGGCAUGACGAGUAUAACGAAGAUUACAGCAGACAAAGAGAGGGAUGUGAGGAGAUAUAGCGGAAGGCAAGAUAGGCAGAUGGAUGUUGAGAGACGACCGACGGAUUAUGACCUGCUUUGAAAGUACGUGAGAGGGAGAGAGAGAAGUUUAUAUAGAUUCACAAAGUUCGUUUGUGUAUGAAUAAACCGUUGUAGAUAGUAUAUAUGAUUAUAGUAAUGG